AUCUCCAUGGCUGAUAAGGCUGGCCGGGCACUUUCAAAAUGGCGGAGUGUGGAGCGAGCGGCGGCGGGAGCAGCGGGGACAGCCUGGACAAGAGCAUCACGCUGCCCCCCGACGAGAUCUUCCGCAACCUGGAGAACGCCAAGCGCUUCGCCAUCGACAUCGGUGGAUCCUUAACCAAGCUGGCCUACUACUCAACCGUGCAGCACAAGGUCGCCAGAGUGAGGUCUUUCGACCACUCAGGAAAGGACGCAGAACACGAUCAUGAGCCGCCCUACGAGAUUUCUGAGCAGGAAGAGUUCACUGCUCGGCUGCAUUUCAUUAAGUUUGAGAACACCUACAUCGAAGCCUGCCUGGACUUCAUCAAGGACCACCUGGUCAACACAGAGACCAAGGUCAUCCAGGCCACAGGAGGCGGGGCGUACAAGUUUAAGGACCUCAUCGAAGAGAAGCUGCGGCUGAAGGUUGACAAGCAGGACGUGAUGACAUGCUUGAUUAAGGGGUGCAAUUUUGUGCUGAAGAACAUCCCGCAAGAGGCCUUCAUCUAUCAGAAAGAUUCCGACCCCGAGUUCCGAUUUCAGACAAACCACCCCAACAUCUUCCCCUACCUUCUUGUUAAUAUCGGUUCCGGAGUGUCCAUUGUCAAGGUGGAGACCGAGGACAGGUUCGAGUGGGUUGGCGGCAGCUCCAUCGGAGGCGGCACCUUUUGGGGGCUCGGGGCUCUGCUCACCGGGACGAAGAAGUUUGACGAGCUGCUGCAUCUGGCCUCCAAGGGCCAGCACACGAACGUGGACAUGCUGGUGCAGGACGUCUACGGGGGCGCACACCAGACGCUGGGGCUGAGUGGCAACCUCAUCGCCAGCAGCUUCGGGAAGUCAGCCACCACCGACAAAGAGUUCUCCAAGGAGGACAUGGCCAAGAGCCUGCUGCACAUGAUCAGCAACGACAUCGGCCAGCUCGCCUGUCUGCACGCCAAGCUGCACGGCCUGGGCCGGGUGUACUUCGGGGGCUUCUUCAUCCGGGGCCACCCCGUGACCAUGCGCACCAUCACCUACAGCAUCAACUUCUUCUCCAAGGGGGAAGUCCAGGCGCUGUUUCUGAGGCAUGAAGGCUACCUGGGCGCCAUUGGCGCAUUCCUGAAGGGGGCCGAGCAAGACAACCCCAACCAGUACAGCUGGGGGGAGAACUACGCGGGCAGCUCCGGGCUGAUGAGCACGGCGCCCGAGCUGGGCCCCACGCAGCGGGCGAGGAGCGGCACCUUUGACUUGCUGGAAAUGGACCGGCUGGAGAGGCCCCUGGUCAACCUGCCCCUGCUCCUGGACCCGUCCUCCUACGUGCCCGACACGGUGGACCUCACGGACGACGCGCUGGCCCGCAAGUACUGGCUCACCUGCUUCGAGGAGGCCCUGGACGGGGUCGUGAAGCGCGCCGUGGCGAGCCAGCCCGAUGCCGCCGACGCCGCGGAGAGGGCAGAGAAGUUCCGGCAGAAGUACUGGAACAAGCUGCAGACGCUGAGACAGCAGCCGUUCGCCUACGGGACCCUGACCGUGCGCAGCCUGCUGGACACGCGGGAGCACUGUUUGAAUGAGUUCAACUUCCCGGACCCCUACUCCAAAGUGAAGCAGCAGGAGAACGGCGUUGCGCUGAAGUGCUUCCCCGGCGUGAUCCGCUCCCUGGACGCGCUGGGCUGGGAGGAGCGGCAGCUGGCGCUCGUGAAAGGGCUGCUGGCGGGGAACGUCUUCGACUGGGGGGCCAAGGCUGUGUCCGAUGUCCUUGAAUCCGACCCGCAGUUUGGGUUUGAAGAAGCGAAGCAGAAGCUGCAAGAGCGGCCCUGGCUCGUGGACUCCUACAGCAAGUGGCUUCAGAGACUAAAGGGGCCCCCUCAUAAAUGUGCCUUAAUUUUCGCAGAUAACAGUGGAGUAGACAUCAUUUUGGGAGUCUUCCCCUUUGUCAGGGAGCUACUCUUUAGAGGGACGGAGGUCAUUCUGGCGUGCAACUCGGGCCCCGCCCUGAACGACGUGACGCACAGCGAGGCGCUCAUCGUGGCGGAGCGCAUCGCGGCCAUGGACCCCGUCGUCCACUCCGCGCUCAGAGAGGAGAGGCUGCUGUUGGUGCAGACGGGCUCCAGCUCCCCCUGCCUCGACCUCAGGUAAGGCCGCACCUCCGUCCCCGGGUCCCUCCCUCCCGGGCUCCCUGCGGUGCCUUGAGCCCCCGGCACCGGGCGCAGAAGCCAGUGCUGCCCACUGCCCACCCCGACCACAGACCGGGGCUGGC